AUGUCAAAGCUACUCACCAGUAUCAACGACUCGAACAUGGUCAAGCCGAAGAAGUCGAAUAAGAAGAAGAAGUCCAACAAGUCCAAUAACUCGAACUUACCAGACAGUAUCGACACGCUUAACCAUCAGCAAGUCCCGCUCACGCCCAAUCCUCAUACUCCACCAGUCAUUUCCAACAACACCAAGCCCGUAGAAGCCACGAACGACGGGUGCACCCUCGCAGCUCGCGCUAAAAACUUCGUAGAAACGAUGGAGGCGUGCAUCGGUGACAAAGUCGAAAUCGCCAACCGCGUCUUGGACAACACCCACCUAAUUAACGGCAGCAUCUCUCUACUCAAAGAGUGCCUCGAGCGUGAAACCCAAGUCGAGAUCUGGAUGCUCGAGUCGACCAUGCGGUUGGCGCUCAAGGCUUUUUGUGCGGUUCAAGAUCGGGAGUUGGAGGUUGAGCUAGGGGCGGCGAAGUCCAAGAUCGUUGACGGAGAGGAGGGGAGGGUAGAUCAUCAAGAAGAAGGGGACGUCCACGAGGAGGAGGAAGAGGCGGAUGUUGAAGGCGGCAAUGCUGGAGGGGUCGCUGAAACGAAAGUCCACCUUCGAUCUGCCGGCUUGCGCGGUCUAGAUAUCGACGACAAUACCUUUGAUACUAUGAGAAAGCAUUGUGGCACUAGUGGACCCGGGACAAUGCUCAUCUACAUGCCGGGCAGCGAACCAGGUGAUGGUGGUGGAGGUGAGGCCGACCAGGACGACAAGGACUGGACUGGAGAGGUCUUAGAGGUGGUCGAGUAG